GUUUCUUAAACUCCCUAAUGCAUUCCAGCCUCGGCGCGCACAGGUGUCCCAUCAUGAACCUCAAGAUUUUUAUUGAUCUGUGGUAAAGGAUGCUAUAGAGGGAUUGCUUUAUCUUUACAAGGGGAAAUUUAACAACAUAGAUGGGGGUGGGCAGCUGCUUUUCAACUUCCGGGUCGAUAGGCCUGAUCGUAAGUCGGUUGAAAUCAUUCGGCUCCAUCUUCAAGCGCUUUUGUGCCCGCCGCGGUACCUCUUUGGCCUAUGGUCCCUCUCACACACGUUUUCAACAUUCUCUUUGACUAGCUCUGAAUGAACUCAACCUGAAGCUCCUCUUUUUUUACUCUAAGGUAGCGAAAUAUUCUUCCAAUUCCGGUUAAACUAAAUAAAUAAUACUGAAAAGACAUAAAAAUUUGAAGAACGUGGACAAUUUUAUCGCGGGCCGAAACCCGCGAGAAAUUGCUCACACGCGUGGAAGGCAGGCACAUGAUUUAAGUAAGGCGCGGCUGCCAAGCCCUUAGAACGCACAAUGAUGGGUUCUUCGACUUCGAAAACACUGUGGAAGGAUUAUACAUACGUCAAAUAUCCAUCACCGUAGAACAAUUCGCGAUGUCAGAGGAACUGGAAAAUGACCAAGAAAGUCGAUGUACAGAAGAGGAGAUCACAGAAGGAUGUAGAGAUGUACAGAAGGAAGAUCAUGUUAAUAUUGAGCUUGACAAAUGUGAAAACACCUUAACUGUGGUAACAACAGUCUCUGAAAUGCUCGAUCAGGAAGAUGUGACUACAGUAAUGACAGAUCUUUCUCCUGAAGACUCUGUCUUGCAUGGAUCAUCAGUUCUUAAUGAAACUGAUACAAUUGCUUCUUCAAGCGACUUGGAAAGUUCUCCCUGUCUCUCGGACACACCUGUGACAGCUGAUCUGCUUUCGGACUCCACCGUCAUUAACUCAACAGUAGGGCUACUUCAGCAGCCUGUCGUUUUGACAUCCUCUGUUCUGCCAUGUGUACUAACUCACGUUCAAGGGACCUCUGAGCUCCUGUCCGGUGAGCUGCGGGGAAGGGAAGGUCAGGAAGAACUGUUGAUGGUAAAAGGAGAAGAUAGAGAAGUCCUGGAGCCUUGCGUUGUGUUUACGACAUCAGAAGCGAUUCAGAGUAGUAGAGCGUCAGAGAAGCUCAGCUCGUCGCCAGCAACAGAUGUAGUGGUCACAGCACACCCAUCAAGCCUCACCUACCUGCGGCAAAUUUUCGAACACGACCAAGUUAGCCACCAGGGGCAAAUAGUUUCCGUGUUGCCUCAUGGAAUGACAUCACCGCUGUCGCCGACAUUACCGGAACUUCACCAGUGCAAAUGGGACAACUGUUGUGAGCAUUUCUUAUCGUUGGAAGAUCUCGUCGCACACGUCAACGAAUACCACAUUAGAACUGAAGCUAGUGAGUACUGCUGCCUGUGGCAGGGCUGCGCGCGCAACGGAAAGGGGUUCAAUGCGCGGUACAAAAUGUUGAUACACAUGAGAACGCAUACCGGGGAGAGGCCCCACCGAUGUAACCAUGACUCUUGCGGCAAAAGCUUUUCGCGGCUCGAGAACUUGAAAAUUCACACAAGGUCGCACACGGGUGAGAAGCCUUAUGUUUGCCCCGUAGCGGGUUGUAAUAAAAGGUACUCCAAUUCAAGUGACAGGUAUAAACAUACAAGAACACAUUCGGAGACCAAACCCUACCCCUGUAAAGUAGCGAACUGCUUCAAAAGGUACACAGAUCCAAGUUCCCUGAGAAAACAUUACAAGACUAUCCAUGGCAAGGAUAUAAUUGCCGAAGAGCAGGAAUGAAGAAGAAUACCUUAGUUAAUAAUCAUAGUCAGAACCGUCUCGUCUCUUACCAUUCUAUAAGUUUUUGAUAUAACGCUUCAACUCAUUUCCGACGCCUUCAGGCUGGAAUUCCAAUUUCCUAACAAGAGAAAAACAAGUUUGUCAGGUUGACAGAGACAUGAAGGUUGUUUUUCACUCGCGCAUAAGCAUUAGGCUCGAUAACCAGCCGCUGUUCGGGGAGGGAGCCCGCGCUCCUUCCCGUAGGAACGUAGACCGAACUCGAGAGAGCGCCAGUAGACCAUUUUACGAUAACUGCAAAAAUUCUCGCUCGCUCAUUGGCUAAUUUUCAUCGUCAAUAAACGGACAGACACAUGAAUUUAUAAAUUAUGCGAUGCGGCAUCGAGCGAGAGCGGACGAUUUGACAAUUUGUUAUCGUAAAAAACAAAUUGACGUCAGUUUUUUAUGCGUCUGUCUUGUUAUUGACAAUGAAUUUCGUCAUAACAUUACAGUAGUCUGCGGAUCCACUCGGCUAUCGCCACAUGGAUCCACAGCUGCUUUGACAUUGUUAUGACGAAAUUCAUGGUCAAUAACAGGACAGACGCAUGAAAAACUGACGUCAAUUUGUUAAUUUUACAGUUGUCUGCUCAGUGGCCUGAGAUUGAAUGGCAGUGAGGGCUGGAGGUGACCUUGGUUUUGUACAGACCUCACUGCUUUUGUUGUGUCAACCAAGUCUUGCUAAUGCUUACUUGUUCGCGUGUAAAAGAGAAAAGCAGAGAGGUUUGUAUUAAGCAAGUUCACCUCCAGCCUCGCUUGCAUUCAUAGGCCUGAUAACUGAGCACACAACUAGCAUCUUACUGCGUUUGCGUGUGUCAGUGCUUAUGCUUCCGUGAUAGUGAAAAUAGCCCUUACGCUAGCCACGAGUUUAGAAAAGCAACUGAAAGUGGUAAAAUUUUCAAACGAAGCGAGAUCGAGUGGCAACAGAUAAAUAUUUACAGUGUAUCUUAUUCGCUCGCAUUAUAUGGAGAUAAUCUCGUUGAUUCAUGCUGGGUAAAAGAAGAUGCUGUAGAUUUGCCUUAGCGCAAGAUUUGGUUUGUUAUAAAAUAGGGAAUUUAAUAGGUUAAAAUAGGUAAUUAAAAUUGACUUCGGAAAUGACUGAAAAAAUUUUGUAGCAAACAAACGCUAGAUAAGACAAAACGGCCUCCUUUUGAAAGAAACGCUGAGGUAAAAUGAGCGCUGCUUCUGGGAAAAACCUUUAGAUUGUUCUCAUUUGAAGUUGGUUCUAUAGUUCGAGCGAGCAUGAAUGAGGACAAACUGCUAGAAGACUUAAAAGGAGCUCAGUCACGACAUUUUGAGUUGUACGUAUAAAAUUACCUUAAGAUUGAAGGAAACCUGAAAGUAGUAGUUUACUAAGAUAGAAAAACACCAAAGAGAUAACAUUAAACCAUAGAGGAACAAGGAUGAUAAAGGAUGUUCAAGAUUAACACGGAUUAAAGAUGACGAACGUGGAAAAUUUCAAGAUGCGCUAACCGUGACGUAGCUCCUUUAACGAUUAUUCUUGUGCAGUUAACACAACCAGAAGUAGUCGCGUGAGCUCGUCGCGAUUAUAGUUUUUAACGAUAGUUACGCCCGGUACUCCAACAAAAAAAGUUCGGGAACUUUCCAAAACUUCUAACAAUGAGCCAUUUUCGAAAUAUUUAUAUUCACCAUGGCGCCUAGGCUCGGGGAAUAAAACAAAAGAGACAACAUCGCCUUUGAGGGUUGAACAAAUGAUUUAUUUUCUUGCGUUAGUUCCCUAAACCCCGGCCCUUUGUUAAAAUAUUAUGACAAGACGGCGACACUUGAUGCUAAUUCUGAUGUAGGUACUGUUGGUAAGCAAUUAUCACUUGCCUGCACAUUUAAGAUAUACAACGACGAUAUUUAAUUUGCCAGGCAUGUCACGGUAGAACAACUUCUGCCUUCUAGUGCAAAUGUUACAGGAGAUGCAAAUUAGAAUAAUAGAACUUACUAGUAAGCGCUAAUGAAUUUAAUUGUAUACAAUUAAUAGAAAAAAAGCGUGCGGUUUACAAAGACAGGGUAAGUAAAACUGUAAAAGAUACUUUGACACUCCAAGUGAGACCAGAAUCCUUGAUUCAUACC